ACUCUUUCGCCCUCAGAAGAACAACAUGCCGGGUUCGCACGUUGCUGAGUGAGGAACAGAGCCCCGCUGCGCCCCUGGCGCGUCACGGCUUUGCUUGCUCCUCCUCCGGCUGCUGCGCCCUCCGUGCACGCCGUCGGGCAGCCCCCCUUGGGCCCAGCCUCUCCUGGCUUCGCUGCCGCCCGCGUCCCGCUCCGCCCCGUCUGACGUUCAGCUUGCAACCAUGUCGGCGGCCGCGCGCAGACGUCAGGCUUCUGGCGUGAAGGGAGAAGCCCCCACCGCAGAAGCAGCAGCAGCAGCAGCAGCAGCUCGCGGAGAUGAGGAGCCGGGCAUGGCGGCGGCGCCCAGCCUCACCGUCUGCCUCAAGCUGCUGGCGGCUGCCUUCUACGGCUUCAGCUCCUUCCUCAUCGUCGUGGUCAACAAGAGCGUCCUCACCAGCUACGGGUAAGGGAGGCGGGCGGGAGAGCUCCGGGCAAAGUUCGCCGCCGCCGGCGCCAAGUAGAGGGGCAGCGCCGGCCGGGUUACAGAUUAACUCGCGCGGAGAAAGGAGGUGGAGCAGGCCGGCGUGGGCGCUGAGCUGCAGGCGGCCGCGAGGACUCGGCUUUGUGGCGGCUGCUGCUGCUUCUGCAGAGCCAGCUCCCAAGUUGCUUUGGGAGGAGGAACGCUCCACAAGCCUCCAUGUUCAGUAGCGCGCGGGGGGGGGGUGACUCCCUCUCGCUCUUCCCAACUUCCAGGCACGGGCAUUUGCAGUGGGCAUAGCGCACGCAUCCGCCCCUCCCCCCAAGGUACAUCUAUGAAGGCCGCGUGUAGAUACGAUGGCUUGGUCAGAAGUUGCCAGGCGCCCUCAAACCUCCACCCCCAAAACGGAAGGGGUAUUUGGCUUAGAGAGCACAGGGCUGCGAUUCUGUACCUGUUCAGCCUGUUGGCUCCAUUGAACUCAGCGACUGUGUAGCCCCAUAAUUUUCAAUAACGCGAAUGUUGGGGUUCAGCUUUGCUUCGUGGCACCCAGUUUUAAAGGGUUCACUGGAGCCGUUAAACAUUCCCUUCUGCGUUUUUUUUUUUUUAAAAUGUCCCUCCUACUGUGUACACUUUGUGUAUACGUGUGUUUAUUUCUAGAACAGACACGUUAAAAGAAGCGACUGAUGCUGCCAUCUAACUGCUAUGCAAAUACAGUUCAGCGUGUUAGGACUAUGCAUGCAAGAGUGUUGGUUGCUGGAGGCAAAUGAUUUUUUAAAUACAUUGAGUUCUUGGUUAUUACUGUUCCAUAUAUUCGUUAUAUCUGAGGCAGGAGAGUGAGCCACAAACAACUUUUCCUGCCAAAGGCUAGCCUUUUUCCAUUAUGUAUGAUUCGCUGAAGGUUGCCACUGUUUAGUUUAAUUUGUCUGCUGUUUGUUACAGAUUUCCUUCCUCGCUGUGUGUGGGACUAGGCCAGGUUAGUUGGAAAUUUUGAAUAAGGAAAUUUCUAAUUGGGCCGGGAGAGGGAGAGGCAAAAUAGUGAUCUCUCUUGUUCCUUUCACAGAUGUUGGCUACGGUGGUUGUCCUCUGGGUGGGAAAGGCACUCAGGGUGGUGAAGUUUCCAGACUUCGACAGAAAUAUACCUCGAAAGGUAUGAUAUUUCUCUCAUUUACAAAGCCACUGGCAGAAGCGUAGUUCUUGCCGUACAUGCCCAUAAUGGGGAAGAGUGGUCUAAAUUGUUCUGGUGUAUGUAUAUUCUGUAGAAAGAAUGCAAGAUAGACAACUUUCAAGGAAGGCAUCAAAAUGCAUCAAUACAAGUGCUGCUUUCUGCUCAUGACAAAUUAGAAAACUGUUUUAAAAGUGCUGUUAGGUCAUUCCAAUGCAUCUUUAUUUUCCUUUUGUACAGGAUUCAUUUAUUAUGGGCAGCUGUGAAUCUGCAGCAAAGAAGGCAGAUUCCACUGUGUCUAACUGACUUGUUGUAGUAUGACUUUCCAGAGUUACUAUCCUACUUUGGGUUAAAGAAUCUGAUAUAUGUAAUUAUAGAUGCUAAUCUGUAGAGGUCAGAUAAACAAGCAAACAAAAUGAUUUGGCACAAAUGCCGAAAUGGUUUCUGAUUCAUGUGAUGUUAAGGUAACAGGACUAAAUUUGUCGAUGAGAAUUGAGUCAGUGCAGCCGUGUACAGGGAGAGGGCUGAACCUUUUCUAGUAGUGCUGCAGUCCUCAAAAAACCACACAGACCCUGGAGCUGCUUGUUGUUUGCUGUGGGAGAGAGGCCCCUGUUGGAGCCACCCUCAUUCCCUGUGCAUCACAAAAGACUAGCUUCCCAUCAUUCAUUUAAUAUAAUGUUUGAUUUGGCCCUCAUAGGUAUGUUCUGCUAGAGUUGAAGGGUUUUAUUCCCAAUUAAGAAGCCACAUGGUACAAUUCUAUGCAAGCUAUUUAUUUAUUUCCCACCUUUUUGCGUGACAGUGCUCAAGACAGCUUACAGAUAAAAUACGAACAGCUAAAAAUAUAGGAGAUAAUUUUAAAAAAAACGAUUAAAUAUUAAUAGAAUUAAGAUCUAUUAAAAAUGCACAAAUCAUUACAAUCAAAACAGCACAGCACUAUCCCUUUCAUUAAAAGCAGUUAGUUCCCAAAAGCCCUACACUUGCAGAGGGGAAGACAACAAGGAAGGAGCCAAUGUAGCUUCUCUAGGGAGGGAGUUCCAAAAUCUGGGAGCAGCCACUGAGAAGGCUCUCUCCCGCUACCUGUGAGAGUCGCAGAAUUGAGAGAAGCAUCUCCCCUUCAGAACCCAGGCAGGUUUGUAUGAGGGAAUCCUGUCUUUCAAAUAGCCUGGACGUAAGCCGUGUAGGGCUUCAUAGGUCAUAACCACCAUUUUGCCUUGUGCCUAGAAAGAAGCCGGUAGGUAGUUGGAGCUGUUGUGGCAAGGGAGCCAUAUGCUCCUUAUAACCUGCCCCUGGUCAAGAAUCUGACUGCAGCUCCUGGAGCAAGUUGAAGUUUCAGUGCUUUUCAAAGGCACAUCGUGCAUCACUGUAGCCAAAUCAGACAUCUCAAGGAACGGCUGCCACUAACGUGAUAGCUUUAAUUGUGCAGGUGCAAAAUUUGCAGUCACAGUGACGUGGGCAUCCGUGCUCAGGGCUGGGUCCAGAAGCACACCCAGACUAUGAACCUGUGUCUUCAGGGGGAGUGUUACCCCAUCCAGCACAGGCUGAAUCCUUACUCCUUGUUCUGCCUUCCGACUGACCCCAAGAGCACCUCUGCCUUGUCUGGAUUAAGUUUCAGCUUGUUCCUCCUCCUCCAGUCCAGAAGGAAUGAAGCCACUAUAAAACAGGCAUUGACCACUCCCUUCAUCUUCUAAGCCAGUCCCUCGCUGGCCUUUUCAAUGAACUAGGAAGAGCAAGGAUCUGGCACACAUUCCAAGGAUCCUGUCCAGGUCCUUGAGCGGCACAAGCUGAAAAAAAUAUCCCCUAACACUGGGCAAGCAAGGGCCAAAGUUACACCCACCAGACCUGUAUCAGCUUAUUUGGAAGGGAGUCAUUUAAAUCACAGGGACUUGCCUCUUAGAGUAAUUGCCUGCGGAAUACAUGUCCAUGUUUAUAUUAUUUCUGAAGGUCCCCCCAAUUACGCUUUCUGAGGUUGUAUUUAAGCAUGAUCAGGCGUGUAAAAGAAACAUCGCCAUGUGGAGCAUCAUGCUUAAAAGAAGGUCAGUUUAUACCAGUCUAGUUUACCAUGAAUUCCUGGUGUGCUGCUGCUGUACAUGUACGGAUCAAUGACCUAUUUAACAUAGCAUUAGCUGUGUUUAUACAUCUGAAUACACUUGUUCCUCUUCCCAUGCCCACUCUCUUGGUGUAACUUGGAAGACUGAAUGUCUGAUGUGACAGAAGAUGUUAUGUUUGUGUUUCCAGAAUUCUACACGGUCUUGAGAAAAAGGAAGGAUGUGUGUUGCUGGUGUUGUAAGUCAGAAUGUGAAACCAUACUGGCCUAAUAUGCAAAAGCUUUUAUGCUACAGUUGAAGCAUGAUUGUGCAUUUCCUAAGGCUUGCUAUGUUGUGUGCCUGCUGGUGAAAACUGUUCCAGCUGCAAAAAACAAAACAAAAAACAGCAACGACAAAAAAACUGUGCAAAUGUUUUGAAAGGUUACACAGCCAACUGACUUGACCUGUUUAUUGAAUGUUAUUUUAUCCCUCUUAUAACUUUCUAGACUUUUCCACUACCUCUCCUGUAUUUCGGAAACCAAAUCACAGGACUGUUCAGCACAAAGAAAUUGAAGUAUGGAUAAUUAGAUACAAUUUUAUUAAGCUUUUAUUUUAAAAAAAUUAUUGAGCUUUUAUUAAAAUGUAAUCUGAAUUCUGGUUGGUCUGUACUUAAAUUUGAAGGGCUUUUUGAUUACUUCAAAUUUAGUGAAUGAAAAUUGUGUAGAACAUUUGUUUAUAAUUUAUUUAUAAGUUUCAGUAUACCAUAAUUCUCAUAUCCGGUGUCUUGUUGCAGUUAUAUAUAACAAAACAAUUGGCAUUAAUAUAUAACAUAAUUCAGCUAUGCAUAUUUGGUAAUAAAUAAUUUACAAGGACAUAAUAAGUAAUCACCAAGUCAUUUAAUCAGCUCUUUCUGAUUCUCUGUAAAUCAUAAAAAAACCCCGAGAUUACCCAAAAGGGGUGGGGUGGAGCUUCAGCUAGUUUUCUGCUCUCUUCCAGCACAUCCUUAGUUACUCAGGUGAGUUCUGUUGAGUUUAAUGAGGCUAAUUCCCAGGUGAGUGGGUAUAGAAUUAUAGCCUUAAGAUGCUUUUCAAUAGAGCCCUGUUGAUUCAGUAUUUUAAAAAGCAGCAUUGAAAACAUUGAUAUAAGUUUCUUGUUACUGCAUAAAUCUGUCAAGAGCUGUGGAAUAUCAAAUGCCAAGGCCUACUACCCUCCCUAGCUAUAAUAAUAAUAAUUAUAAUAAUAAAAAUACCACCCUUCAACCAUAGAUCUCAAGGCUAUUUACAACAUAAAAAUACAAGAUUAAAACCCAAAAUACAUUAUUAUUUUUAAAAAAACACACCAAUAACUCCCUCUCCCUCCACAAACAUAUUAAAAAGUGUAUAGGAAGUUAAUCAGCCAAAAGCCUGGUUGAAGAGGAAUGUUUUUGCGUGGCGCCUAAAGGUGUAUAAUGAACCUUCCUGGGGAGAACCUCCCACAAAUGAGGAGCCACUGCAGAAAGGGCCUGUUCUCACGUUGCCAAACACAACCUGCCAUGGAGGAGGCACAUGAAGAAAGGCCUCAAAUGAUGAUUGCAGGGUCUGGGUCGGUUCAUAUGGAAAGAGGGAGUUCAUGAGGUAUUGCAGUCCUGAGCCAUUUAGGGCUUUAUUGGUCAAAACCAGCAUUUUGAAUUGGGCCUGGAAAUUUAUUGGCAGCCAACAAGGACUCUUGUUUAUUAAAAUAUUUUCAGCCUGUCUCUUGUCUUCAAGCUGGCUCAUAUUCUAUAAAUAAUUUUUAAAAAUGAAGUAUUUCAGACCAAUAAACGUAAAAUACAGUGAAACCUCAGAUAAUACUGAUCAAAUUGAAAAGGAAGCAGUUCCUCAGAUACUCUGGUUCCAAACCCUUUAGGGAUUUAAAAGUGAAAACUAGUCCAGAAAUAGACUAGCAGUCUAUAACAAAGGAGUUUUAUGCUUCUGGUGAUUGGCUUCAACCCAAAGCCUUGCAGCUGCUUUGAAGUCCCUCUGAACCUUCCAGACAAAGGCCUGGUUUGCAUGUCUCACUAAGUCAUAGUUUGGCUGAGCAAGACUUGUGAACCAGGCCACUAUCCAAGUAGAGUGUGCUACAGAAAACUUUAGUGCAUGCUAGAACCAGCUGGAGCAAAGGUACUCCUGGCCACAGCUACAUCCUGGAGCAAGGCUUUGUCCAGGAGUACUUCCAAGUCUGUGAACCCUUCUUCAAGGGCAGUGUUGUCUCAUUCAGAAUAGAUUGUAUCCCCAUUUCCAGAUCAGUGGUUCUGCUAACCCUGACUGCUUUUGUCGUGUCUGGAUUAAGUUUCCAUUUGCUCACCCUUAUUUGAGCUUACCGACAAUCGUUCAGAACCUCCAUGAACUUCCCUAGAUUCAAUUGGAAUGGAGAGAGAGAGAGAGCACUGUGUCAUUUGCACACAACAGACUGGAAAGCUGCAGGUGACCUUUCCUGAUGCUGCCAUGCAGAUUUUAAACACAGCAUGUUCUUAGGAUGCAAGUCUAUGCACUUGUGUGUAGAUCCACAGGGCGCACCACAGGACCUGUCUCCAAAUUAAGCACAUGCAACGUCAGGCAUCUCCUUUCUGCUCUCCACCACUUGUGUGCCACCUGUUUUCCUGGCUAGGCAAGGUGUGUACAGUUAAGACUGUAUACCAAAGUAUAUAGAGAUGAAAACAAUUUAUGUAUAUAAAAUUUACUGUUGGGUAGUAACGUUAGGGUAAUGGAAUUUGCAUUUCCUUGUCACAUAAUUUGUUUGUAGAUCUUAUGAAGCUGCUGAAUAAGCCAUUAUUAUAUAAUAGCCUUUCAACAAAUGAUUGCUCUCUGCAUCCUAGUGCAGAUGUGGGCAGGUACUUGCUUUAGUAACCAGCCUGGACUGGUGGUUAAAUAUAACCUUAAAUGUAGGGUCUUGUAACUUGAGAUCCCAAUUCAUUUCAAGGGCAUGAACUGGAAGAGAGAGUGUGUACUUAUAAAUAGCUUUUCUGCGCAUAGUUUCCAAGCUUCAAAAUAGCUAAUGCAGUUGGGCUGCACUUGUGUGUAAAACAAAACUGUUAAAUUUUGAAGAAUUGAAUUUUCUAGCCCGUUUUCCCUGCUUUUGACAAACGUUAGAGACAGUCUUUUUAUAAAAAAAAAAUCACCUGUGACUUUCCCCCAGGGACAUCUGUUCUCAUUCACCACACCAUGUGCUUUGAUGUUGAAAUUUAUCCGGAGUAAAUUUAAAAUGUCUCUGUAUAAACAUAAGGAGUAUCUAUAUGGCUAGCUCUGUCCAUAAACAUUAUUUCUCUUACAGCCUGCCAAUGUUUACAGUCCUGAGACGGUUUUCCAUUCUGUUUACAAUGUUUGCAGAAGGAAUUCUACUCAAGUAAGUUGUGAGAUGGUACAGUACUGUGUUGCUUCAUGUGUUUUGUGUCAUAUGGGUGGAUACAGCCAAUGGCAGUGCCAUUAUAUUUCCCUUUGGUUAUGCCAGCAUGCAGCCUGCACAAGGUCAAGCAUCCUUUGUAGUUCUUAGGGUUGAACAAAGGAAAUAUUUCAAGCACAUGGGACUCCACAUUUGUAUAGGAAGGCACCGAUCAAUCUCCAGUACUGGAGAUACAAUGCUGAGAAUCCCACAUAUGAUGUGGGCUUUGUUCAGCGAUGUCUUCUUUUUGGUUUGAAGUUGUUAUCUGCAUCAGUUUUGCAUUGGUGAAAUCCUUCAUACUGCCAGAUGCUUCUGUAUUUUUCAGUUAUACUCCUGCAGUAUGAGGAUUAACAGCAGGACAACAAAAGUGGAUUCUGUGAGCCCUUAUGGUUGCUAAGAGACAUAUUUGGAGCCCUGAAGGACCAAUGUCUGUUUUCCAUUGUUUUGAAGACCUCACUGCCCUGGCUACAUUUGAAUAUAUUUCAUAUAGACAUAAAUAUUGUAUAGAUGACUAUUUGGUCAUGGGGGGGCGGGUUAUAAUAAUUUAUCUAUUUAACUUAAGAAACAGGUACUGAUGGUUACUGUAUCUGUAACAUGAACUGAUAGUGAGUUUUUUGUUUUGUUACUCUUGGUAUUCAUAUAUUUCUUCCUUGCUUUUCUUUGCUAAAUUUUCAUAUGAAAAAUUAAUUAAAAGAAUACUGUCAAGUGUCGUGGGUCUACAAGCUUAGGCCAGACUUAUUAAUGUGUACCAGUGACUCCUUUCUCAAGUCCAUUUUGCAUACAAGGGAAGUUGGAGAAGGAAAUUUCUAAGAGCAUGCUGAGCUUUGUGCCAAAAUUCAACAUUACAAGAAAACACUCUUCUCCUUUGGAAAAUGGGAGGAUGGGUGCAAGAGAGGGCUGGGCAAUAAUCAGCUUUCCAACAUCGCAGUGUGUCGCCAGCCAACAUUGUGGUUUAGUGAUACAUUGCAAUGUUGAAAAGUGGAGGGAGGAACAAAUUCUAUUGGCUUGGCCCCGCAAGGUGCCAGGGUGAAACCGCUUCAGCUCCCUUGGUAGCAGCAGCAGCAGCCGCCGCAGUUUCACUCUGGAGCCUCAUGGGGCUGGGCCCAAUGGAGCCUGUUCUUUCCUUGGCACUCCAUUGGCCACUAAAGCAAGUUCUUGCUUUAGUUCUACAACCUCUGACAGCCAACCAUGAUUUUUGCUGUUGGCUUAGUGUUUUCUUUCAUUCUUUGAAACCCUAGGAAUUCUUAAAUUUCGUUGCAUCGUAGACCACUGUUUUUUAUUGUUUGCAGGUCACUAAUUUCUUAUGUGACAGUAAUUGCAUAGGAGAAUACUUAAGGACAGCUGUAAACUGGAGUGGGAGGCAGAGAGAUAAAUGAAACUCUUAGGUACAUGUGGGCCUCCCUCCGCCCAGCUGCAUACACAAACACAGACGUCGAUUGGGUUUGACCUAAACAGAAAACCCUGGCUUUUUAAGCGUUUUCCUUCAAUGUUUCCUUCAUGAUCUCUUGAAAGGUUAUUGUGGACCACAGUUUUAAGAACGCUGCAAGAACGCCAGCUGCAAUAAUGAGAAAGCUCUUCCAUUUUUAUCUUCUUAGGAAGAAAUUUUCUUGGAGAAUUCAGAUGACAGUAUUUGCAAUGAUAAUUGGUGCAUUUGUAGCUGCAAGGUACGGUAUACCAUUAUUAAAAGGAGCUUGAAUAUUGUUCAGGUUUUUUAUGAGCUUGUUCCUCAACUAGCUUCUUAAAAUAUUCUGGUUAGCUGUUGGAAAGGUGAAUAGAAAUUCAGUUUGAAGCCCUGGAAGAAAAGAGCUAAGGCAAUAUACGAUUGUCUGAAGUAUAAAUUAAUGGACUAGAAUAAUUUGAGGUUUUUGUCGAAAAUGAAGGCUUCCCUGGCAGGCAGUUCUGAAGCAGAGCUAGAAAUGCCUGGAAGUGUCUAAAGUGGCCCCUAAGGUUUUGCACUCAGGAGACCAAUAUGGGAGAGACCUGUUUUGUUGCAGCUGGAGAAGAUGAAGGUGUCUGGCUGUGUUGCUGCAGAUGCACCAUGGCUUUCUUCUCUCUGCUCUCUCUGUCUCUCUGUCUCUCUUUCUUCUCUCUUUCUUUUCUCUUCUCCCAGCAGUCAUUCCUCCUGGUCACAACCUGUCUGUCUCCAGGCACUGCAGGCAUCUACAAGGGAUUCCUACACUGCGGAGUCAAGUUGCAGACAUCUUUGUAACACAGAGUUGGUCUGCCAGUGGGACUGGUGCCUGAAGCCAGCUCCCCAUAGAGCACAUCCUUGGGGAUCCUGACAUGUACACCUGUAGAUGGGUGAUCAGUGCCACCAUAAAUGGCAGGACUGAUCAUGCAUAUACUGGAUGCAGUGGGGUCUUCCCUUGUGCACCACCAGUGUGGUGUAGUGGGUUAAGAGCGGUAGUCUCGUAAUCUGGGGAACCGGGUUCGCGUCUCCGCUCCUCCACAUGCAGCUGCUGGGUGACCUUGGGCCAGUCACACUUCUCUGAAGUCUCUCAGCCCCACUCACCUCACAGAGUGUUUCUUGUGGGGGAGGAAGGGAAAGAAGAAUGUUAGCCACUUUGAGACUCCUUAGGGUAAUGAUAAAGCGGGAUAUCAAAUCCAAACUCUUCCUCUUCUUCUUCUUCUUGUGGGAUCUAAUCUGCAAAUGUGAUCCUUGUACAGAAUCCUGCUCUGCUUGCAGAUUGCAGUUGUUCAGUAAUUAUCAUGAUUAUGUUUUUUCUCUGAUUUUAAAUAUUACCUUCUCUGCCCCUAGUUCUGAUCUGGCAUUUGAUCUGGAAGGCUAUGUGUUUAUCUUGAUUAAUGAUGUCUUGACAGCUGCAAACGGUGCAUAUGUAAAACAGAAACUAGAUUCCAAGGUAGGUUCAGCUUGCUACUUCAUUUUAAAACAGCUUUCCACUUUAUUGAUCAGUAAAGGAUGAACAAGUUACUGCUUUCUGGGGGAAAAUACUCAUUUUUCAACAAUGUAGCUGUCCUGUCCUAUAUACAGUGGUGCCCCGCAAGACGAAUGCCUCGCAAGACGGAAAACCCGCUAGAUGAAAGGGUUUUCCGUUUUGGAGGUGCUUCGCAAAACGAAUUUCCUAUGUGCUUGCUUCGCAAGAUGAAAAUGUCUUGCGAGUUCCUGCGGGGUUUUUUUCCUCCCCCCCCCUUUUUCCCAAGCCGCUAAACCGCUUAUCAGCUGAUCUUUAAGCCGCUUAACAGCUGAUGCUAAGCCGCUUAUCAGCUGAUCUUUAAGCCGCUUAACAGCUGAUGCUAAGCCGCUUAUCAGCUGAUCUUUAAGCCGCUUAACAGCUGAUGCUAAGCCGCUUAUCAGCUGAUCAUUAAGCCGCUUAUCAGCUGAUCGUUAAGCCGUUUAUCAGCUGAUCUUUAAGCCGGCUAAGCCGCUAAUACUGUAGCGCUAAGCCGCUUAACCUCUAAUGGGCUUGCUUCGCAAGACGAAAAAACCCGCAAGACGAAGAGACUCGCGGAACGGAUUCUUUUCGUCUUGCGAGGCACCACUGUAUUAUUAUUUUUCAUUUUGCUCUGCUGCUGCACAAACAACUGUAACACCAUGUACAUAUUAUUCUAACAAUUUGCAAGUGUUUAGGAUAGCGCGCACAAGUAAACAUAGGCCAGAAUUAGGCCCAUAAGAAACAUACUGUAUUGGACCAAAGCCCAUUCAAAUACGGCAUUUAAUUUCUGCUGGUGGUUGGGGUUUGUUUUAUUUGUAUCAUAUUCAUAAAACUAGAAUCAUUCUAACACUGUGUUCUAUGACACCAUGACCACUUGGGGCAUGAAACUAUUUCACACCACUAUUAAAUGAUCAGACUUCCAAAGGGGCUUGAAGUUAAUGCAUGUAGUCUGGUUCACUUGUACUGAGAUAAAAGUAUUUAUUUUAUGAUUAUGUCAUGAAACUUACUGUGCCAAUAGAUGAUAGCCAGGAUGGAAAAUAUAAACUUAGACCAGUACAGUAAUGAAAAAUGCAAUUGUUUAUUAAUGUUACGACAGCCUGCCAGUAACACAUAUGUUUAGGAUAAAGUUAUUAGGUUAGCUACAUUAUGUACUAGUUAAAAGGAAAAGUCUGUGGAUCAGUACAGAUAUAAUACUGCCUUCCUUUUAACUUUGGCUAGUUGACCAAGAAGCCAGCCUUGGCUCCCUGUUAUCUACAGUUAGUAAAUCAAGAGCCAGACUUGGGAAUGUUUGUUCCUUCACCCUAAAUCACAAUGAAGCAGAGUGUUUGCAUCAGUGCUAUCUGUGGUUAAGACCUUAAUAACCCCAGUAGUUUCAAGCUCUGUAUUUAAAGGGUGGGUGGCAACUUGCUCUAGAGAGGAGACGCGUGGUGAAGAACAAUAUACAUUCCCAAGGCAGGCUCCCAACUUACUAUGUUUCGCAGAGUUUAAGUAUUGCAGCUGUACUAGGCAAAUGAUUUUUGGGGGGCAGAUGGUUUGUAUAAAAAUCGUAUUUGUGCUUAUGGUCUCUCUUUUAUAUCCAUCGAUAGGUAAGGUAAACAGUAAAGUAUAUAUGCUUUAAUAGCUAUUUGGGGUUUUUAAAAAAUUAUUUCAUAUACUUUUGAUUUAAAGUAGAUGUUAUCUUUAAGAAAUAGAAAAAAAGUUUUGCCAGCUAUAUUAUUUAUAUCAUUGCUGAUUUGCACCAUGGGGAAACAUGAAGCUGCUUUGUGUCUCAAGGACUCAGACAGGAUGCUACAUUUAUGAUGCUUGUAGGAGAUGAUGGAUGAGGUCUCGUUUUGUGAACUUCUCUGUGUACGGAUUUAUCAUUCAGCCAAAAUAAGUACAUAACUUUUUUUUUCAUUUCCAGGAGCUGGGAAAAUACGGCCUUCUAUAUUACAAUGCACUGUUUAUGAUUCUCCCUACCUUGGCCAUUGCCUAUUUUACAGGAGAUGCGCAAAAGGUAAGCCUUCGGUUUUUAUUCCAGAAUGGCAGCUCUAAUUGAAAACUAUAUUGCUUCCAUAUGUCAGUAAUUGUGAAAUACAAUUUUGUGGGCUUUUUUAAAAAAAAUGCAGUUUAUGGUGUUGUGUACCAGGAUGUCUAAAUACGUUACUGUUUAGUUUUAAUUCAGAACAAUUUUAAAAAUCUUGGCAUUUGUCAUGACUGCAAGUAAGAAACUGCACAAUUUCAAAGGUAUAUGUGGAAGGGAAACUUACCUAUAAAACUCUGAGACUGAGGAAGCAAUUGAGAAAGGCCGACUUAUAUUGGCAUUGGUUUCAGUGCGAUGAUACUAGUAUGUGAAUUGUCCCUGGGAAGCCAAUACUAUGGUCCUAAGUUAUCUGCUAUUGCCAUUUUCCUUACCAGCGACCACUAAAUAAUCCAUAGCAAUGUUAAGAGUCGAUGCAGGAAUUGCAGGGGCAGUGCCUAGCAUUUACACAACUUCUGUAAUGUGUGUGAGCAGUUGGGGCAACAAUAUUUGCAGAUACUGUGGCUGCGCAGCCAGUGCUCUGCAAGGUCCAUGCUGCAGUCGGUUGUAGCAUCUGUGGAGCUCUUCCUUGUCCUCUUGGCAUAGGUUACUCCACCAAGGCAGUUUCUGUGCCUGAAGCCAGCAUGGAAUGGAUCUAAAGAGUUUCAUCCAAAAAUGCCUGCAGCUACCAGGAGUCACCCACUCCACAGCAACUUGCUUGAGAAGUGAAUGUUCAUUCUUGGCCAAUAAUUACUACAGUCCUUGUUGCCUAGAGAGGCCUUCUUUAGGAGUGGCAUUUUAAUUGCCAUUUUCAGGACAGACAGGGCCAUUUCCUCUCCCAAGAAGGCAUUUAUUGCCUUGGGACCCAGGCAGCCAACCCAAGCGAUAAGCAGACACGUGAGAUGCUCUGCCCACAUCCUCAGGUUGCCAGAGCUGAAACUCCACCAACAAAACGAUGACUAAACAGUGCUUUGGGCACAAUACUGUGUUACUAUGACCUAUUUACUUCUUUAAAUUUGUAGCAAAUAUGUCACAGCAUGCUUCUAAGGCAUUCUUCACAUCACUGUGAGGGAAAAAUUGGAGUAAACCCAGAACACUUAUGUUGUGUCAUAUAUCGGGAUAUAUGUAGCUGAAAUAUGAACAAGUCUAUCAUGAAGAGAACCACAGGGUUUUGUGAAAGAAGGCAAUUUGUAGAGAACUGGUUCCCAUAUUUCUUCCAUGUGUUAACGGGGGAGGGGGGGGUGGAAGGUGUUGAACUUCCAGAUCCACAGGUGCCUUUUUGGAGAGACUUCUUGACUUAGUUUGACAAGAUGUAUGCUUGAUUAACUAAUAUCCAUAAAGUGUCUGAUAGGAACCAUUAGUUCACCAAUAUCCAGUAGGCCAGUUUCCCCAUACCCUGCUAUAAACAACCAUGGAUACAGUAUUUGAUACUAAACACUUGCAUUGGUCACAGCUAAAGAGUGGACUGAAUAAUUACAAUUAUAUUUCAAAUCCUUCCAGGGUGGCUUACAAAAAAAUGGCCCACUAAGUUGCUAUAUUGGGGGGGGGGGGGAAGGAAAGCACAACAAUAUCAAAAGACACAUCCUGCCAUCAGGAUCCUUCCCACUGGAGAGUUGAUGGGAAGGAAACAGUCCAGCUGGAGCGUGCCCUGAUGCCCUGUUUACCUGCAUCCCUCUCACCUGGAAUUGUUUCCUCUGGAUGGUUGAUGAUAGAUCCCCUGUGACAGUGGGAAGGGGAGAGUGCAGCUGGAGCAGGCUCCAAUGUGGUCUUUGCCUGCCUCCCUCUCUCCUGGAAUCCUUCUCACAUUGCAUUUUAAGAACCUCCUCUUGAGAUAGAAAAUAGCAUCUCAGUGUUUAUGUAUUUGUGGGAGGGGGGAAAAGUAUUCAUUUAGAAAUAUGUGCACCAAUUAAGUGAGGAGGAGAAUACCAGCACUGUUCUAGACUCUGCAGUUUGCAUUCACAGUAUGUGUAAAUAUCUUAAGCUACUAAUUUUUGAAUAAACUUUCUUCUCCCCGGCAAGCUCUUGGCAGUUAAGGUGAACAAAGUCUGCUCUGUUAAACAUCCAGGAAGCUCAACAUUCACAGAGCUGGGAAAUCAUUGGCUUUGUCGUAGAUACAUAUUUCUAAGGCCGUGGCUCUGCUUUUUACACACGGCACCAUCCCCUCUUAAUCCAAGUUGAUAAACUUGAUACAGUUAAAUACGAGCCAAGAGAGAAUUUGUGCCAACACUUGGCAGUUUAGUUCAUUAAAAUCUGUCUAUGGAGCACUUGUGAGUAAAUUUAUCAUCCAGCUAUUAAAGCACUGGAAAAGUACAUCUAUGACACUUAUUAUUUACACCAGCAGAACCCAGCAGUAAGUUCUGUUACUUGAUCAUAACACAUAGCUAUUUCAUAUAACGACCCCGUGCCUUGGUUUGGAUGCUACAGCCAAAGACUGUGCAUAUAAGAAAGAAAGAAAGCCAUGUCAAAAGGGAGAGGUUCUACAGAAUUAUUACCAGCUGUUUUCCUACAAAGAAUUGCUUAUCUCAUAUGUGGUUAUGGGUCAAGCAAGGUUGUCUCUCAUUCCUGCUGUUGCUUUUCUCUUCUGAUUUUAGCAAGCUCUGAAAAUGUUGGGAAAGGGUGCCACAAGGAUACCCUUUAAUUGAUUUUACUACACAUUUUAGUUGGACCUUUUGAGAUAUACUUUAGGGCUGUUGUCUCUUGCUGUUAAUACUUUUUGCUGUUCUUGAUGCUAAUUCUCUAAGGUAUAUCAAAUAGCUGAUGACUGAAAACAGUUUUAUAUUAAAAAAAAGGUCUGACCUUGGGGACACAACCAAGCCUUUAUUGACAGGGGACCUCUGUGGGUGCCAAAUAUUUGUGUGUACAUAGACCACAAAGUGAUGUAGAACUUACCCAGGAUUUUAGCUAUUGCUGGAUUGUUCAGACGCUACUGGUAGUCAUUUGACUGUGCACUUGUGAUCCUGCCAGUAAUAUUAUUCGUAAUGAUCACUGUCUUUGUAAGCUUUCAUAUACAUUAUUAUAGAUAAUUGUAUAUUUACAAAUGUCUCUUUUGAUGCCAAAAAGGCCAAGAGGAAUAGGUCAGUUCUGAGAUGGGAAAUAAUGGAGUGAUCUGACCUGCUUCUAGCACUAUGCUUUGCUGUAGAUUUCUAAAUUCCAGCAGUUGAGCGUUGCUGCAUUUAGUUUAAGCAUGGGUACAGUUUGUGCAGUACGUUGCAGGUUGUCUUUGGAAAUGUGAAGGUAGUGCUGGGUUUGAGCUGAUGCAUUUUGCAACUUCCUCUUUGUAGCCAACUGAUAAACUGGUAGGCUUAUAUGUCUGUGUGUCAAAUGUUUCUAGUCUAGAUUCAACAGUAAUUUUUCCUCAUUUUUAAAGCAGCUGAUUAGUGUCAAAACUACUAUUUAAUUUCUUUAAACAUUUUUCUCCUGAAAUGCUCAUUAUGUUACUUCUUUAAUAUAAUCUUCUAAUAAGUGGGAGGCAUAGUUAAGGUGUACGCUGCAGAAAUGAUAACCGUUUUGCAGUGUUCAGGCUUCAACAUUGUAUUUUCACAUCAUUUGCUUCUGCUUACAGGGAGUGUAUUCUAGUAUUAGUAGAAUAUACAAGGUGCCCCCCCCCAAACUGCAGCCACAUACAGUGGUACCUCGGGUUACAAACACUUCAGGUUAUAGACUCCGCUAACCCAGAAGUAGUACCUCGGGUUAAGAACUUUACCUCAGGAUGAGAACAGAAAUUGUGCGCUGGUGGUGCUGCGGCAGUGGGAGGCCCCAUUAGCUAAAGUGGUACCUCAGGUUAAGAACGGACCUCUGGAACGAAUAAAGUUCGUAACCAGAGCUACCACUGUAUACUUCUUCCUCCAAUGCUCAAGUACACAUACACAGGGCAUACUUGAGCAUUACCACAAACACACUCAGAAAACCCCCAAUCCCUAACCCCAGGGACACAAGAGCCCCACAACCUGCUACCUAGCUCAUGAUCCCUUUGAUACACAUUACAUUUCUUCAGUGGAGAUGCUAAGCACAGACUUUGAGUGCUUAAAAAAGCUAGGCCAAAGAUGAGACUGUUGGUAUAGGUUCCCCAUUGAAUAUGACAGUCAUUUGGAAUACUUGCAGAUUGGCUCAUUUGAGUAAUUUCAUGUGUAAUUUUAAAGACAUUACAUAAUUGAGGGUACGUUUGUGAAUGCUGCCUGAUGAGGUCUUUGGCAUACACAUAUGGGAUUGGGCACAUAUACAAAAAUGGACAUGUGUUGGCAAAGUGUACUGCCCCAUUUUCUAUUGCUCCAAUAUCCCUUUUUACCCCCUUUCUUUAUGCCAGAUUUAUUUGUUCGAUUGUAAGUUUCUUUUGUAAGGUUCCCUUUUCCGCUCUAUUAAAUUAUGGGGAUACGGAGAUUUACUGCUUCUCGGAGCCUGCAUGAGGCUGCUCGUCACGGGCUGCUAUUCUCUUGCGUCGGGACUGCCCCCCCCCUUUACAAAAGAGACCAGGAAACUCCUCUUUGACGCUGCUGCUUCUAUGCUGACCCUAAGACUCCCUCUUGGGGGUUGGGGGGGACAUGUAGCCUUCGCGUCUGCCGCCUCAAAGCCCGUUAGCGAUAGAGCCCUUCUGAGCUCAUGCCAUGUUCCGUCCUGCGGCAAACCGGAAGCCAGUGUUGGUUCAACACUUCUGCAAUUUUAGCUGCUCUGCUAAAAUUCUGUAUUUGUUUUGCUUCUAGGCAAUGGAAUACAAAGGCUGGUCAGACAAACUUUUCCUUAUACAGUUUACACUGUCAUGUGUAAUGGGGUAAGGAUACUUGCCUUUUUUUCUCCUAAGAGACACUGUAUUCUUAACAGCUAUGCAUUAGUGAGCGUAGCCGCUUUUGGUCAGUAACAGCAGGCUAGCCACACCAGCUGAAAAGAAAUAUGCAGACUAUGCAUAUCCCUCUGGGCUGAGAGUCUGAAUGCUGCUACUAUGCUGUACAUGUGGACUCAAGGCAUAUGAGGGCUUGAGGAUAUGCUGCACUUAACUCAUUCGCCAGUUUGGGUAUUUGUAGUUCAACAUUUUUUGCCAGAAUCUCAGAAAUCAGCAGGCACCAGAAAUUGUUCAGUAUACUACUUUCUGCCCAGCUUGGUACUAUUUUACAUGUUUUUUAAUUUUUUCUUCUCCGUAGGUUUAUUUUGAUGUAUUCUACAGUACUUUGUACUCAGUAUAAUUCUGCCCUUACAACUACAAUAGUUGGUUGUAUUAAGGUAAGCUCUUCAGACUUACACAUCUACACAAAUAAUUUCUAAUAGUCCAUGUUAGUUGUUUGGGAUCUGUUGUGCCAUAAUGGUCUUGGUGCAUCAUAGGGAAGGAAGGGUAAAUGAUAGCUUUGAAAAUGUUUUGUUGCCUCAAAUCUGAUAUGUAGAAGAGCUUGUGCUCUGACUUGAAGGUUUGGGCUAUACAAGAGAGAAUGGUGUUUAUGGGAAGAUGACGAAAAGAUGAAUGUGAAUACAAACACUGUUAUUUGCAGUUUGUGCCACCUUUUGUAGAGCCCCUAUUUACUUUCAGUAGAAUAUUCUGCUAGCUCUUUCAGUGUAAGGCUUAAGACUUGUCUGUAACAUUUUCCCCAUGUUAGCAUCUCACAAAUGUUGAAAAAGCAACAGAAAACUGUAUGAACCUCUUUGUUUCCUUCCCAGAAUAUUUUAAUAACCUACAUAGGAAUGUUCUUCGGAGGGGAUUAUAUUUUCACAUGGACAAACUUUGUAGGGCUAAAUAUCAGGUAAGUGCAAGACUGUUGGGGAGCUAAUAAGUGGCAGUUAUACAACAAAUGUUGUAAUUGAAAUCAAUAUGACUUCUGUAUAGAAAAGCAUUUAGUUUUGUGCUGAAAGUGUCUUGAAAUAAAAAUAAGGAUUUCUGGAACUGCAGUUUAGAGGAAAAAAUGAAACUUAAUCUCAUACAAUUAGAGAACAUUUCUUAAUACACACAUUAGGGUAGGAUAAGUGCACCUUGAUUCAUAACGAGUGUGUCUGUAUGUUCAUUCCCCUACCUUUGGCUCCUUCCGGGUUAAUUCACUAACAAAUGAUAAAGGAAGCUGUCACUUCCCACAGGAAAAGUUUUGGCUGCCUGGAGCAUUUGACUGCUCCACUGACAACUGUUUCACUGGUUACUUGACUUCUGUACUAAUGCUAAAUUUACUCCUUCCUGGGUAUAUGCUUCCCAGUACAUUUGCCUUCGCAGAGAUUACCUGGUCUUUGACCAUAGUUAAACAGUUGCCUUCUUUUCAGAAAAAAAACAACAGAAGAGUAAUACUUGACAGCUAUAGAUGCCUUUAGGAACAUUAGUGAUGUGGUGUGUGUGUCAACCAAUCAAAGCUUAAGCCUACAGUCACUGUAACAGUUGUUUAAUCAUCACACACAUAAAUAUACCUAAAGUACUCAUGGCAGGGGGGGGGGGGGGCGGAGCUGGAAAAGCAAUGCAGUAUAGUAUUUAUAGUAUCAUCUUUCAUUGAGUCAUAGCUACAGAAUAGGCCAGGGGGAUGUAUCAAUAUAUUGUCCAGGACUGGUAUGAGGGGCAGAAUGCAAUAUUACAGGUGAAACAGAUGCCGCUCCAGAGUCCCUGCUUUCAAUAUUGGGCCAUUGGCAGCAGAAAGACUUGGUGGCGGCCUCACCUGUGAUACUGCUGGGUAAAGUCAUCACACUCUGCCUCUCAUACCACAGAGGGUGAAACAAACUACAUUGGCGGGCACACUCCUCAGUGGAGCCCCUGCCUCUGGGUCACAUGACUGCCCCUCAGCUGAGCAAGCCCUGAUGCCUUGCAUGCAAUCCAGAGAAGUAUCAGGGCUUGCUCAGCUGGGGGGUGAGAGUCCUCAUGCCCCACAGCUGAGCAGUGCAAGGAAGCCCCAAUGCUCCUCUGACUCGCACGCCAGCUGGAAAGGCAUUGGGCUUGCUCACCGUAGGGCUGGGCAUGUAUCUUGGCUGCUGCUUCUUCCCCUGACAUGGGGAGGAAGAAAUAUCUGUGAUAUAUCAGCAGAUCAUGGUAUUUAGCUGCUGGUACAUCACGAUGUUGAAAACCUGACAUCGUCCAGCCCUGCUGCAGAAGCAUUUUACUUACCGUAUUUUUCGCUCUAUAGGACGCACUUUUUCUCCUCCAAAAAUGAAGGGGAAAUGUGUGUGCGUCCUAUGGGGCGAAUGCAGGCUUUCACUGAAGCCGGGACAGCGAGAGGCGUCGGUGCGCACCGACACCUCUCGCUCUCCAGGCAGCUAUCUGCAAGCCUUGCGCACCCGGGGGGAGUUCCCCCGGGCACGCACGGCUUGCGGGCAGCAGCCUGCAGCACGGGGCGCCCUCCGGAGGACCCCCGUGCUUCGCGCAGGUGUCCGCAAGCCUUGCGCGCCCGGGGGAUCUCCCCCCGGGAGCGCACGGCUUGCGGACGGCAGCCUGCAGCGCGGAGCACGGGGCGCCCUCCGGAGGACGCCCUGUGCUUCGCGCAGGUGUCUGCAGCCUGCCGCCCGGCGGGUGGGGCGCCCUGAAGCAGAGCGCCCCUCACGCCGGGCAGACAUGGGCCAGCCUCACAAGCUCGGGGGACAACGGGGAGGCGCAGCGCUGCCAUCGCACUGUUCCCCAACCUGGUUUUGGGGGGGAAAUAAAGGAAAAUUUUUUUUCCUUUAUUUCCCCCCCAAAAAAGUAGGUGCGUCCUAUGGAACGAAGCGUCCUAUGGAACGAAAAAUACGGUAUACAGUUGUACCUUGGAAAUAGAACGGAAUCCGUUCAGCCUCCAAAACAUCCAGAAAACAAAGCCCCAUCAGAUGUUCGGCUUCCAAAAAUAGUUCACAAACUACAACAGUCACUUCCAGGUUUGCAGCAUUCGGGAGCCAAAACAUUCGAGAACUAAGCUGUUUGAAAACCAAGCUAUGACUGUGCUGCUUUUGUACUCAAACACAGAGUUUACAAUAUAAUAGCACCCACUACAAGAGUUACACUGAAUAUGUGGUGUGCUUCAAGUGGUAUGAUGAACCAUUGUGAAUCUUCCCCCUAGUUUGGAAAGUCAGUUACAGUUCCACUUACAGCAGGCUUUGUGUGCCAUAAAUACCUAUGGAAUGAAAGCCUCCUAACUUUAUUCUGGCUAGGAUCAGGGAGUUGUAAGAGGUUAGAAAAGAAAACUGCAGCUGUUGUGAAGAACCACACAACUGAAGCCAGGCAAAAAGGCAGCAAUUCAUCACAUUUACAGUUUACUUUUACCACCAUAAACCUGAUAACAUGUUCUUGCCACCUAAUUCAACUACCUGCUGUCCUUACAUUAGAAGCAGACUACUAUCGAUUAACUGGGCUGCUAACAUUUUCUACUUGUCUGUAGUGUUUAGUAGAAUGUAAAAUACGAAUUGAGUUUACUUAGUAUGACUCGAGAACUGAGUUUAAGCUGUAUUUUUCACCUGAAAAAAAUCUGUGUCUUGCAGUAUUGCUGGAAGCCUGGUGUAUUCUUACAUCACCUUUACAGAAGAGCAAAUGAACAAGCAGUCUGAAGUUAGCAUCAAGAUGGACAUUAAAGGGAAAAGCUCUGUAUGACAAAAGGGUCACUUACCAACAGUAGCUCUUGAUUUUCAGCCGUGAUUGCUGACAAAUCGCUAGAAUGUGCCGUAUCUCUGAAUAGAAUUGUAUGUGCAAAUGGAGAGUACCCAAUAUGAAGAUUGCUCGCUGCCUUUUAGAAUGAGAUAUUUAACUGAUAGCACAAAAUGUACAGCUGGUUAUUAACACUAGGCUGAAAGGAAUAAGGCUUAAACAGUCACAGCCUAUCUUGCACCAUCUGUGAAGACAAAUACUUCUUAUGCUCUAUAGCUUUUAUAAUCUUGAGUGGAGCAAGAAAACAUGUCCUAAAUAUUUCAAAAUGAACUGAGGCUAUUGUGCUAAAAGGCCCAGUGUUGACUCAAUUCACUCAACAUAAGAUAGCAAUCAAUUUCUCAUCGAAAUGAAGCAUAGACUGUAGUAACUAAGGAUGCAAUUCAAAUCACUUAAAUCCCAAUGGAAAUAACUUUUCGGCCCACAGUAAAGUAUUAUUAACUUCAGCAGUAUUUGUACCUAAGAGACUUGUAAAGCACAGUAGUUAGGUGGGAUUUUCUUAUUCAAGAAUCGGCAAGAACAAAUGGAUUCUUUUGCAAGGAAUUCUUUUCAUAACAUUGUAAUGCCCUCAGUAUGAAUCUGCAAAAAUGAAUCGAACUCUAAGCAAGUUAUAACUUAAAACAUUGUAACUAGGUAGCCAAAACUGUUGGGACUAAGUAGCUAAAGACAAUUCAGAUGUAAAAGAAUAUUGAACCAGUGCCAUACAAAUUCAGUUAUUUGUAAUAAUUAUAUUUAAUAAAGUUAUUUGUAAUAUUUGCAUUUUUGCCCACCUGGGUACUUCCACCCUGUGUAUCCAAGACUAACCAACUGACAAUAAAAAAGUAUAAUAGUACUGAUGCAGGUUGGAGAGGCCGAAACUCCCAAGUUCUAUUAGAAACAGUAUUUAACAGCAUUUUUCUUAAGAAAAAUGGUUAAGUUCCAAAAAUAAUUUGAAAAUACAUUUUUUUGAAAUUUAGAUGGAGAAAUUGAGGAACACAAGGUCUAUAAAUAUAUUCAAUAUAUUCUGUCAGUUAAAAACAGGAGAAUUACAGCUAAUCUCUCAGUGCCAGAGAUUUUAAAUGCCUUUAACUAAAAUGCAAAAUAGAAUUGGCUUUGCUAAUUAGGGAAGCAUCAGAUUAUAUAGGUAGAGAGAUCACCAACAAUUUUCAUCAGGUGUGGAAGAGAAAUUUCAGGAUCUGCAGCCAACAGAAGCACUUCAACAUAAAUAGGAACUUUGCUGCCUGCCCACACAUGCUAAUGACACUAAAGCCAGAUGAGGCAACAGCCAGCCUCUUUUCAUGAGGCAGAUGAACGGGUUCUAAUCUAGACUCCAUGGUGAUAAUUUUCAAUACCGUAGCUCAUUCAGAGGCUGCUUUCCUUAACCUUGGUUAAAGGGCAGGCCAACAAGACAACUUGCAUAAAACGUGUUCUGGGGAGAAAAUUCCACUAUAGUUUCUCUCGCUGCAUCGAAGAAAAGUAUCUUAAUAGAAAAAUCAUCCUAAACCACCAAAAACUUCUGCAUCCAAGCUGCAAACCUAGCUUGGAAGCUAGCAAUCUGGACCCGACUUUGGACCAGCAAAAACUAACACAUUCCAUAUACUUAACUUUACAUACCACUUCAUACAUUCAGGACUUGGUGUAUCAUGUUCCUUCAAGUGUCAUUUAGUAAAGCGCAGUAUUUAAGGAAUCUUGGCUACAGUUCUUAACCCCCACGUCCUGUGUACCUUUUAUCAAAUGGAGGUUCAUGAUGCAACUGAGACUAAUACUAGGAUUUACCUUUGCAGUACCAAAAGAAGCAAUUUAUCAGAUUGGUUUCUUUGGGUGUAGGUCAUCACCUAGUUGAUGACAUUUACCAAUGAUUUUUACAGGGCUUAAACUUCAGUACAUGUUUUAUUUUCAGAGUAAAAGUCUCCAUUCAAUCCAGAUUCUGCACUUUAAAAAAGGUGAAUAAUGUGACAUAAAUUAUACAAUUACUAUUUUGCAAAGUUUAGGGAGGUUUCAUUUGUUGAAGAAGCAAAGAGCUAAACCAGGCAUUGAAGCCAAACUCCCAACAACUGGAAAUGUUCAGCCAGUAAACAGAUUUUUGAGAUUGUAGAGGACAAGGCCUGGUGCACUUUCAAGCAUGGUUUGAAACAAGGGUGUGUAUUAUCUAAUGCAACAUAAAAAUGGCCCAGGCUUGCACAUAAUAAAUCAUAGUUAAUUGUGUACUGUGUUUACACAGAUUGCUCAUCCUCUAGCACAAUAACCAGUGAUCCCUGGUUAGUGUUAAGCUCAUACCAGCAAUCUUGGUAAGCCAAGUCCAACACUCAAUGCUCUGCUUGGAUGUAAUGCAAAGCCAGGGUUCAUGAUUUGUUACUCCUUCCAAUGUAAGGGGAAGAGCGUUAACCAUUCAGACUAAAACAUACUGAUGUGUAAGCACAACCUACAUAUAUGGCCACACAUAGAAUUGUAGAGUUGGAAGGGACCACAAGGAUCAUCUAGUCCAACCCCCCUGCAGUGCAGGGAUUUGAGGGGAAAGGAAUCUUUUUGUCCAACAUGGGGCUUGAAGCCAUGACCCUCAGUCAAAUUUAUUGUUGCUAAGUUAUAUAUUGUCUCUGGAAUCUGCAUCUGUUACCCUUUUCUCUGCUUCUAUGGCAUUGGUAUGCAUUCUGCCCUGUUCAUAACCUUUCAUGUUACAGAACAUUGGGAAAAAUACUUUAUAAACCUUAGUAAGUUUCUUGGUGUGUGAUGCCCUUUCCCACCCAUUUCAAAAGAUCCACCUUUCAAUGCUUUGAAUAUGACCACGCCUUAUCCAAAAGGAAAAAUGCACAUGCUGCUGGCUACUGAGAAGAGACUUAAAAAGGAGGUAAAUUUUAACAGCAAAGCAGUUGCACACCAAUAGCCCAAUAACAUUUGGUCUAUUUUUGUUUCAGAAGAUUGUGUUAUGAAAGCCACUGUAAGGGGGGGGGCAGUUAUUCCAUAAAGUCUAUCUUCCUGUAUUAUUCCAGUCUUAAAGAAGAUGAAGCAGCAGUAUAAAAAAUGUAAUCCAUAAAUUCAGCAUCUUCCCCUUUCUUGUGGCACAUCUUUCCCCUCAAAUCCUUAGAAGUUUGAGGUUUCUUGAUCACAGCUAUAUAUUAUGGGCUGAAAACAGGAGAGACUAGAUACAUAAAUACUAAAGAGCCACCUUGAUCUGAAGUUGCAUGUUACAGUUUAAUUGUUACCCUGUUCCCAUUCAUUAACCUCAACAUAUUGUGUGUGCAUGCAUAUAUAAGCCCCAGUUGCACACUUCAUACAUACUUGCUUUUUAGAGAGUUGGGCUUCUACAGCUGCAAUCACUGGUCGCAAACCAAUAGAAACAACACACCAGAUAGUCAUGUUGCACUAAUGUCAUUCAUUUCAGUAGAGUCCUGUAGCUUCUUUUUGGGCCUCAUUGAAAUGAAUGGUGUGUAUCGUCUUUUUUGUUGGAUUUGUACUUUAUCAUGGUCGCAGUUACCUAUAGCCACUUUAUAAUACUUUAUAAUACUUCAGUUCCCCUACCAACUUCAAAUCUAAACAACUGAGAAUUCGGCCUAAGUAUUCAUUUUUUAGGAAAGACUAUACUGGCUUCUUAUGCAGAAUACAAGACAUUCCAUUCACUUCAAACAAACACCACAUACAUUUUACAACUCUAGCAAUUAUGUAUGGUAUUACUCACCACAUCAUUGCCUGUCUUACUUUCUUCCCUUGCACAAGAGUCCUGCCUAAAAGUACCAAACGCUGCAAAACACAAGUUCGUAGAGAAUAAUAUAUGUAAAUAUUUGUGCAAAUAAGAGUAGUUGCAUGGCCUGACUACAGAAAAUGUCAUCUAUGUAUAAUGAAUUCCUGAUACAAUCAAAUUCUUGUAUUUUUCUCUCUCUCUAAUCUGCUGUACUGAGGCAGUUGCUCUCAGGGUAUUUGUUACAGAGAUUUUUUUAAAAAAUCAUGUAAAAUUGUUCUGAAUGCAUUUGCAUUUUGUAAAAACUUUGCAGUGCCAAGUUCUAUAAGAUACUACAUACACUGGGAAGAUAAAACAAAAUUCUUACUAGUUUAUUUUGUAUGCUGUUAAUUUUCCUCUUAACUAUUUUCCUAUAUAGAAUUUAUUUACAAGAUUGAGAAUUCUAGCAUUAAGGGUCAACUUUUUUAAAAAAAUGUAUAUUCUGUAGGCUUUAUAUACUGUAAGUAAGAGGAAACCAGAAGGAAUUUUAUGUCCAUAUGUAUUUUUGUACUGGCUUAGAAAUAAAUUUUGAGACAAUUUUUCCAUGUCUCAGUUUUAAAAUUUGUUGGUUUUAUUACUGGGUUUAUCAGAAUUAAAACCAUUUUCUUUUUCAGUAACAGGUAAAUGUGUUACUGGUAAUGUUUGCAAAUAAGUAUAUCUGGUUGGUGUAUCACAAUACAGGUGCACUAUUCUACUC